GUUGGCAGUGCGUCAGGAGUACGUUCCCAUCGGCAACCAGGUGCUGACUCUAGGAGACGGAGACGAAGUCGCCGUAGUGCCGCCGCUCAGCGGGGGCUAAGAGACUGGAGACUAUGUCGAAGGGGCUGAGCGAUGUCUUCAAGCUGAGCCAUGAUUGGCUGUCUGUGCAGGAAGUGGUCGACUCUGUCAGCAGCCCUUCAUGUGGAGCCAUUUCAGUAUUUAUAGGUACCACCCGCGAGGACGAGGCAGACGGCAGGAAGGUGGUUGGACUGGAGUACGAGGCAUAUGAGCCCAUGGCCCAAUCAGAGUUCAACAAGCUGUGUGCUGAGAUCAGAGCGCGCUGGCAAAGCGUGACACACAUCUGCGUCCACCACAGGCUCGGGUGGGUGAAGGUGGGCGAAGCCAGUGUUGUCAUGGCGAUCUCAUCUCCUCACCGCCAUGACGGCCAGCAGGCGAUCCAGCACUGCAUCAGCCAGCUGAAGGCUAAUGUCCCCAUUUGGAAGAAGGAAGUUUAUGACACGCAGGAGGUGAACUGGAAGGAGAACGCUGAGUGUUCGUGGUCCACUCAGAAGAAACUGCCAGAAAACACAUUGUCUGAUGGAAAACCUAAAUAAAAAAAUGUGAUAAAACA